AUGCUCCCUCGCGGGCUAACGGCUGCCCUGAUAGCCGCAGCAGCACAGCGUGGGCUGGCCUACUUUGGAGCCAGUCUCGACGCACGCCAGUCCAGCGAGGAACCGUUCUCUCCGCCAUACUACCCAGCUCCAAAUGGCGGCUGGGUGUCGACCUGGGCCGAGGCCUACGAGAAAGCUCACAGUGUCGUAAGCAACCUGACGCUGGCGGAGAAAGUGAACCUUACUACCGGCACUGGGAUAUUCAUGGGCCCUUGCGCCGGCCAAACGGGCAGUGUCCCCCGUCUCGGCAUCCCGAGUCUGUGUCUGCAUGACUCUCCGUUGGGCGUGCGCAACACUGACCACAAUACCGCUUUUCCGGCGGGGAUCACUGUUGGUGCUACGUUUGACAAGAGCCUCAUGUACGAACGUGGUGUCGGGCUCGGAGAAGAGGCCCGCGGGAAAGGCGUCAAUGUGCUACUUGGGCCUUCUGUUGGCCCAAUGGGGCGCAAGCCCCGAGGUGGCCGCAAUUGGGAGGGCUUCGGGUUCGAUCCGGUCUUGCAGGGUGUAGGAGCAGCGCAGACGAUCAAGGGUAUGCAGAGUACAGGCGCCAUUGCUUGUAUCAAGCAUCUUAUAGGGAAUGAGCAGGAGAUGCAUCGUAUGAGCAGUGUCGUCACACAAGGCUACUCGUCCAACAUCGAUGACAGGACGCUGCAUGAAUUCUACCUCUGGCCUUUUGCUGAGGGUGUUAGGGCUGAAGUAGGGUCUGUGAUGAUUGCAUACAAUGAUGUAAACAAAUCGGCUUGCAGUCAAAACAGCAAGCUUAUCAAUGGGAUACUUAAGGAUGAGUUGGGUUUCCAGGGUUUUGUUGUAACGGAUUGGCUUGCGCACCUUGGCGGAGUUUCAUCUGCACUCGCCGGCUUGGACAUGGAUAUGCCUGGAGACGGUCCCAUUCCACUUCUUGGGAAUAGUUACUGGGGCUAUGAAUUAUCACGCUCAAUCCUCAAUGGGACUGUUCCGGUUGACCGCUUGAAUGAUAUGGUGACUCGGAUUCUAGCAGCAUGGUUCAAGAUGGGUCAAGACCAGGAUUAUCCACUUCCCAACUUCUCCAGCAACACGGAAGAUGAAAGAGGCCUACUAUACCCGGGCGCCCUCUUCUCCCCCGUUGGAAUUGUCAACCAAUAUGUGGAUGUUCAAGCGGACCAUGACAUUACUGCCCGAGUUAUCGCAAGAGACGCCAUCACGCUUCUAAAGAACGAAGGCGACUUGCUGCCCUUGAGAGUCAAUGACUCAUUGAAGGUAUUUGGUACAGAUGCCGGUCCAGAUCCCCAAGGAUUGAACUCUUGUACCGAUAAAGGCUGCAAUAGGGGCGUACUCACGAUGGGAUGGGGCAGCGGCACAUCCAAGCUCCCGUAUCUGAUUACACCGCAGGAAGCAAUUGCCAAUAUAACCCCUACAGCAGAGUUCUAUAUUACAGACAGCUUCCCGUCCUCUAUCGAAGCUAACGACGAAGACAUUGCGAUUGUGUUCAUUAACUCCGAUUCCGGCGAGAACUACAUCACCGUCGACGGCAACCCGGGGGACCGGACAGCAUCGGGCUUGCACGCCUGGCACAAUGGUGACGGUCUAGUCAAAGCCGCUGCUGAAAGAUUCUCGCAGGUAGUCGUUGUUAUCCACACCGUUGGGCCCAUAAUCCUCGAAGAAUGGGUCGAUUUAGAUCCCGUCAAGGCCGUCCUCGUCGCCCAUCUCCCAGGCCAAGAAGCCGGCUACUCCUUGACGGACGUUCUCUUUGGCGACUACAGUCCUAGCGGCCAUCUCCCCUAUACCAUUCCGCGCGAGGAGGCAAACUACCCAUCAAGCGUAGGCCUACUUCAGCAACCUUUCGGCCAAAUCCAAGACUACUACACUGAAGGCAUCUAUAUCGACUACCGCCAUUUCCUAAAGGAGAACAUCACACCCCGCUACCCCUUCGGGCACGGCCUCUCCUACACGACCUUCGAGUUCUCCGAACCCACUGUCUCAGUCGUCACCCCAUUAGACAGCGCAUAUCCCCCUUCCCGAUCCGCAAAAGGCUCGGCGCCCACGUACCCAACUACCAUCCCUCCCGCAUCCGAAGCCGCCUGGCCAGCGAGCUUCGACCGAAUCUGGCGCUACAUCUACCCGUAUCUCGAUAACCCGCAAGCUGACGCCGCGGUGGCCAACUCCACAAACAAAUACGCCUACCCCGACGGAUACACCACAGAGCCUAAGCCUCCGCCACGCGCGGGAGGCGCAGAGGGAGGGAACCCUGCUCUCUGGGAUGUUGCAUUUUCAAUCCAAGUAACCGUCACCAACACCGGCAAGCGACCCGGCCGUGCCGUUGCGCAGCUGUACGUUGAAUUACCUGAGUCGAUAGGGCUUGACACGCCGAGCAGGCAGUUGCGGCAGUUUGAGAAGACUGGGAUAUUGGAAGCUGGAGCAAGUGAAACCCUUAUGUUAGGUAUCACCAGGAAGGAUGUGAGUGUCUGGGAUGUAAUGGUGCAGGAUUGGAAGACUGUUGUUGGUGGGGAGGGUGUAAAGGUAUAUAUUGGCGAGAGUGUGGUGGAUUUAAAGGUUGAGUGUGAGGUUGGCGGACGUUGCUCUAUUUUGUAG